AUGUCCCGUACAGCGCCGAACGCACUCACCAAUCUGAAGGCCAAGCUCAAGGCCGCCUUUCGCAAGAAAGAUAAAAAACCCAAGGAGGGCGAAACCUCUGGUGGCGCCACUGAGGCAGCCAAAGUUGAUGCUCCUGCUGCUUCUGCCGCCGCCGCGGUGACUGCUACUCCUGCAGCAGACGCACCUGCGGCCACCGAAGCACCCAAGACUGAGGAGGCGGCCAAGCCUGUCACUGACAGUGCUGCUGGUGCUACCGCCGAGGCAAAGCCAGAGAAGGCCACCGAGACUGCCGCUACUGCUGCUGAAACUCCGGCCGAAGUCCCUGCCGUUGCUGAGGCUGGUGCUACGACCGAAACCAAACCUGCCGGAGCUGCCUAA